AUGGAUGGCCAAGAGAGUGGAUACAUUGACAUUGAGGAAUUGCGAAGACAGCUCCGGUUGCGUUCUCAACAGCAGAUAUAUUCUAACAUGGGAAGAGCCACCGAGUUAUCACAAGAUCCUACGGACGUUAAGUCGUAUUUGAAUGAUCUGAGUGUGGCUCUUGCGUCUCAAAGAGAGGCUACGAACAGGUCAACUAGUCUUGAAGAUUUGAAAUCAACGUCGAUGUCAGUGGAGACCACAGAGGCACAUAGCAUAUCUGAUGACCGUUCGAUAAGUGCAAAAGCUGAGAGAGGUAGUGAGAUUGCGGAAAUCGAUGGUAGACUUAACAGCCUUGGCACGGCAGAGGGGAAUUCGGUCAUAGACACGGUGUUUGCCGGUCUAUCCAGCAUGCGAAGUAAAACCAAGAGACGCAAAAUCUCAUCAUUUAUAAUCACAGAUAAUCAAACGGCGACAGAAGCAACGCCGGAUACAAAUGCAGCAUUGGAGCCCAUCGAAGAGCCAAUGUAUUUUAGCGAUCAGAAUGAGCACACGGAACCCGUCCAAGAGGCUAUGCCGGAGGCAACGACAUAUAACGAGGAAAACACAUUGCUGGAGGAUGCUGAUGAGCCAGAACCAUACGAGACGCAGCGCUUGAAACCUGCUCAAUUGAAAAACAUGUUUGGACCCUAUUUAAAUCACAAGCAGAUUUCCUUACCACCCGCCUCGUGGCAAGCCUUAUCAACGAUCACUGGCGACCUCACCAGUAAGAUAACCACCACCUUGCAAGCAGAACAAUACCAUGGCAGCCAACAAUUAUCCAUCGAACGCAGUAGUCUAGUUGCAUUGCUAGUCAAAUACAAGCUGCUACCACGUCAACAGAACCUCAGCGACCGCCAUAUCACCACCGAAGAACUAUUCUCAAUGUGCAAACAAUACUUAACCUCUGAAGACCUCAACGAUCUGGAGAUAUCCUUAUUCUCUUAG